AUGGAUCUUGAUCCAAAUCCAAAUCGUAUCGUUAUGAGCCGUCACGCUUCCAGCACGUACGCUUCUGUAUCAAAAUUAAAAGGAAACCUUAAUUUUCAUACAUGGGAAAAACAGUUCGGAUUUUUAUUUUCAAAAUCAGUAACGCAAGAUUACUUGGUUAGAGGCCGCGAUGCGAUUAUUACAGAACAUGUUCCUGUCCAUUAUUCGAAUCAAUAUUUUACAUUGAUCGAACAUUUUAUUGAAGAAAUGGUGGUUCACACUGUCGAACCAGAAAUUAGAGAGAAAUUCUCAUUAGUCUACGGAUUAGACCACUACCGCGCUAUUGUUGCCUUAUACAAGACCAAUACCUUGGUCAAGAGCGCGAAAUUAAUUAAAAAGCAUUCUACAAAUGCUACUGUUUCAAAUUUUAAGACAUUACUUAAUAAUAUUAUUAUUAAUAUUCCUACCCAAGAUUUAGGAGGAAUUUUUGCAUUACUUAACUUACCGGAGCAACAUUGGGUUCCCAUUGAGACUCAACAUCAAAAGAAAAAGAGAGACAAUGAUACAUUAGCUUUUUCAUUUGAAGCGGUUAUGGAUUAUGCGGAAGAGCUUUCUGCUACUAUUCCGACCAAAAUUUCAAUUGCUGGUUCUACAUCAAGUGCAACUACCGCGACUGCUUUCUCGGCCCAAGAUUAUAAGUGCCUGAGAUGUAGCAAAAUUGGUCAUUUUGCUAAAGAUUGUCCCACUCCUCCAAACAAUAAUACCAACAACAGGAAUCAAAGUAAGAAAAAGUCUAAUAAUAACAACACCAAUAACAACAACAACAACAACAACAACAAAAAGAACCCGACACCAACUGCUAAUUCUGCUGAAGACGAGGAAAUUCAAACUAUGUCUGCCAUUGUUUAUGAAGAUGCUACAGCAUUCUUGACAGAUUUUAAAGUUUUAACGGAUUAUCAUCUUGACACUGGAGCUUCACGUCAUAUAGUUUCAGAUAAAGCUGCAUUCACAAAUUUAAAACCUCACCAAGCUCAAAUCAGAGUAGCUAAUGGUUCAUUUUUAACGGUUGAAGGUAUUGGUUCAGUCAAAUUACGUUUCCCAAAUGGUAAAUUAUAUGAAUUAACUGAUGUUUUAUAUACUCCAACUGGUCUGGUCAAUUUAAUUUCAAUCCCAUGCGCUGCUAGGCAUGGUUUAUCAUUCGGUUUUGAUGCAAAUGGUGCUUAUAUUUCCAAAGAUUUUGUUUUCAAAGAUAAUGAAUUCAAUGAAAUCUGUCCAUUAGUUGGUAAUCUUUUUACAUUUAAGAGUAAUACACACAAUAAAUCUGUUUAUCCGGCGGUUGAAUCCGCUUUUGUAGUUGAUGAAUCACUUCUUGAGAGAAAACUUAUGCACGCCCGACUCGGUCACCCUGGUACGACCAUUGCCCAAAAGUUACGUCGAUCCGGCGUACACGCGUUCGAUCCAGAUUGCGAGGAAUGUAAAACAUGCAAAUCUAUCAUGCAUUAUCCAAAAGAACGUACUUCAGAGCCGUCUAAAGUUGGCGAGAAGUUUCAUAUUGAUGUAUGCGGUCCAAUUCCAGAAUCUACUAGAGGUUAUAAUUAUUUUUUAACAAUAAUUGAUGAUGGUUCAAGAUACCUUAACGCUUGGCCAAUCAAGGCUAAAUCGGAUUGUGCUGAUAUAAUCAAGCAAUUCAUCAUUAACUGUAACAAUCAAAAUGCUCAUGGUAAUCACGUCAAAGCUAUUCAAGUCGAUAAUGGUGGUGAGGUUAUCAACGACAGCUUAAAGCUGUUCUUGGAUUCAAAAGGAAUCGCUUAUAAUCUUACGGUUCCCCACAACUCGCACCAAAACGGUUCUGCCGAACGGUCUCAUAGGACCAUUACCGAGCCAGCCCGAUGCCUUUUGAAAAAGGCAGGAAUGCCGAUAGACUACUGGUGUUUUGCAGUCGAAGCAACUGUAUAUAGCUUAAAUUUACUUCCACGGACAAUGCCUCAAAAUGUCCCUAAGGAUUUCACCAAUCCGCAUGAUUAUUGGCACAAGGACCAACUGUCAGUGACCAAAAUCAAAAGUCUUGGUACGGAUGUUGCG